AUGGCUAUUACCGUAGGUAUUAAUGGUUUCGGUCGUAUCGGCCGUUUGGUGAUGAGAAUCGCCUUGCAAAGAUCAGACAUUAAGGUCGUUGCCAUCAAUGAUCCUUUUAUUGCUGCUGACUACGCUUCUUACAUGUUCAAGUAUGACUCCACUCACGGUCAAUACAAGGGUGAAGUUAAGAGCGAAGGUGACUCUCUCGUUGUCGAUGGUCACUCCAUCAAGGUUUUCGGUGAAAAGGACCCAGCUUCCAUUCCAUGGGGUAAAUCUGGUGUCGACUAUGUGAUUGAGUCCACCGGAGUUUUCACCACCAAGGAUGGUGCUCAAAAGCACAUUGACGGUGGUGCUAAGAAGGUUAUCAUCACUGCUCCAUCUUCGGACGCUCCUAUGUUCGUUGUGGGUGUCAAUGAGGACAAGUACACCAAGGACAUCAACAUUGUUUCCAAUGCUUCUUGUACCACCAACUGUUUGGCUCCAUUGGCCAAGGUUGUCAAUGACAAGUUUGGUAUUGAGGAGGGUUUGAUGACCACCGUGCACUCGAUCACCGCCACCCAAAAGACCGUCGAUGGUCCAUCCCACAAGGACUGGAGAGGAGGUAGAACCGCUUCCGGUAACAUCAUUCCAUCGUCCACCGGUGCUGCUAAGGCCGUCGGUAAGGUUAUUCCUGAAUUGAACGGUAAAUUGACCGGUAUGUCCUUGAGAGUGCCAACCGUCGAUGUGUCGGUUGUUGACUUGACCGUCAGAUUGAAGAAAUCUGCCACUUACGAGGAGAUUUCUGAGGCCAUCAAGGCUGCUGCCAAUGGUCCUUUGAAGGGUAUUAUGGGCUACACCGAGGACGCUGUGGUGUCCACCGACUUCCUUGGUUCCAGCUACUCUUCCAUCUUUGACCAAAAGGCCGGUAUCUUGUUGUCUCCUACUUUCGUCAAGUUGAUCUCUUGGUAUGACAAUGAGUUUGGUUACUCCACCAGAGUGGUUGACUUGUUGGAGCACGUUGCCAAGGCUUCCCAAUAA